UUGAAAGUCCUGGUUGUCGGUUCCGGUGGCAGAGAACACGCCCUUGCGUGGCGCUUGAAGCUUAGCCCCCAGGUUUCGGACCUGUGGGUGGUCGGCGGUAAUUCAGGCACCGCCCAAAUUGCCACCAACAUACACGUUUCUCCCGAAGACGUCGAAGCGGUCUGCACAGUUGCCAAAGAACUGGCGGUUGAUCUGGUUGUGGUCGGUCCUGAGCAACCACUGGCAAAUGGAUUGGCAGACCGGCUGACGGCCAUUGGCAAACCUACUUUUGGCCCCACGAAAGUCGCAGCCCAACUGGAGGCCAGCAAGAGUUUUGCCCGGCGGAUUUUGCAGGAGGCCGAUGUCCCUGGGCCUGAUUACCGUGUCUUCCAAAACCAGACUGCUGCCUUAGACUUUCUCUAUUCCCACGAAGGCAGAGUGGUGGUCAAGGCCGACGGACUGGCUGCGGGCAAGGGAGUCGCGCUUUGUGCAAACACCGAAGAGGCCGCCAUUGCCGUAAAGGGCUGUAUGGACGCCCGGAUAUUCGGCAGUGCCGGGGAUACCGUUGUUGUUGAGGAGUGGCUGGAGGGCACCGAAGUAAGCGUCUUUGCCUUCAGCGACGGACAACACUUGUCCACGCCAGUGGCAGCCUGCGACUACAAGCAGGUAGGGGAUGGCGACCAGGGGCCAAACACCGGGGGCAUGGGGAGUUUCGCGCCGCCGGCCUUUUGGAAUAGCGACCUCGCGGAACAGGUAUCGCAAGAAAUCCUCAUGCCAACUGUUGCAGCAAUGGCUGACAAGGGUUGUCCUUACAAAGGUAUGCUCUAUGCCGGACUUAUGUUUACGAGAGAGGGCCCCAAGGUACUGGAGUUCAAUUGCCGGUUUGGAGACCCGGAGACCCAGGUUAUAUUGCCACAGCUGGAAAGCGACCCGGUAAACGCAAUGACCGCCUGCAUAGAAGGUACACUGGACAGGUCACAAGUUUCCUGGGCUUCCCUGGCGCACGUUGGCGUCGUAAUGGUCUCCGGUGGCUACCCGGCUGCCUACGAGACGGGUAAAGAGAUAACCGGAUUGUGCAUCAGUACAGACACGUGUGGGCUAAUGGGUUUUAAUUCGGGUACUCUGGUUUUCCAUGCGGGUGCCCAGCAGGCCAGGGACGAUGCAGGGGUUGCAUGUGUCGUGACCAGCGGCGGCAGGGUUUUGACGGUAGUGGGCCGAGGUGAGUCGAUCGAACAAGCCCGCAAUCUGGCCUACCGCCGAGUAGAACAGAUUCAUUUCGAGGGCGCAAAUUACCGGCGUGACAUCGGCGAACUUUCCGAGGGGAACCGGAGAGAACUGUGA